CGGGCCAGUGGAAAUUCUACCGCUUGUCCCGCCUCCCCUUUUUAUUCUUAAGAAAAGAACAUCUACCAAAUGUAUUCCAUCUAACAAAACGUGGCAUAGCCAUACCUGUAGAUGAAUGACAAUCUGCAACUGCAACACCAACAUGUGAACCAUGCAUUGGAAGAAGGAAUGGAUGGCACCACCCUCCACAUCCCAGCGCUCCCUAUAAAUUUCAAUAUUUACUCGAGCAGUAUAGCAUUGAGUUAUUGAUACUAGUUUGCCCCCCAUGAGGAUGUCUCUUAUUGCUGCUUUUUUGUUUCUUGCAAUGGUUAGUUUUACAGUCAUAGUGCUUGCUUAUGAGGUAGAGUUGGCUCCUGCUCCAGCCUUGGCUGCCGGAUCAGCUUUUGCUUGUUCGGCUUCUGUUGCUGCGGUGGCGCUCUCUCUUUUGGUUUAUGUAUUUAGGAUUCUUGUGCAUUAGGCCUUUGUUGCUUGAUACUGAUCUAAGAUCUAAGUGAAAAUUUACUAUCCAUGAUCUGUUAAUAAUUACCUUCAAUAAAUCAAAACCUUUAUUUUUGGUAAUUCUGUAAUGUAGGCUCAAAUAUUCUUUUCUCUUUCCCUUUAACCAAAAUUGCCAAGUUGCCAAGCUACAAGGGGAAGGAUGCUGGCUGUAAGCUGAUUAGAGGAGAGUUGCAAUGUGUUAAGAUGGGCUCACAAGUUUAAUUGCCCAAAGCUCAAUUUAGAAUCCGAAAAGAAUGGAGGUUGAGUUCAACAUUUAAAUGGGUAAUAGCCCAUAAGCCUAUUUCAUGCGAAUGUCUUAACAAUUGCCAUAUUCAUGCCCACGCCCAUAGGUAGGUUAAAUUGAACAUCACUUGCAAGAUAAUUAAUUCCGGCGCAGCAGGUGAAUGUCUUCUCCAUUUUGAGUACUGUCAUUGCACAAUUCUUCCUAAUCAGCUCCUCUAUUGACCCUAAUCCCAAUUUCUAUUCUCUAGAUACAACAAGAUGGGUUUUAUGGUGAUCUCUCGGAGAAUUUCUUCUAAGCUAUUAAAGCCCUCUAUUCCGUCUAAUUUUGGAUCCUUUACUCAUUCCUUCAAUUCUACUUUCUCUCAGCAACCAAAACCCUUAAACCCAAUUUUUUAUGUCUCCAAUUUCAUCUCAACUUCUCUUAAUCAUAUCUCCAGUUUCCAGUCCCAAGCAACAAUAGACCUAAAAUCCACAAAUUUGACUCGCAACUUUAUUAGAUCACGCUCAAAUUCUGCUACCAACCAGUCAACAGACAAUAUCAGUUCCUUUUCAAACUUAAAUCUUAAGAAAUCCCAUAUCACUUAUUUGAAGCAAAUCCAGUUAAUGAAUAAAAAACCCAGAUACUUUUCAAGUUCAGAUUCUGAAAAAUCACAGAACCCAAGUGAAUAUCCAAGCAAAAUGCCCAAUUUCAAGCAUCAAGAAAUAGAAGGUCCUACAGUAGAAAGAGACCUCUCAGCUUUAGCCAAUGAGACAAGAGAAGUGCUUGAAAGAAUGAUGAAGAGCAUAUAUGGUCUUAGCAAAGUGAUGGCUCUUUUAGGACUAAUUCAACUUGGUGUUGGUGCUUGGAUUUCUUAUGUUACAAAAUCAACUCCAAUAACAGAAGUGUCAAUACAAAGCUUUGUGGCUUUCGGGUUCCCUUUUACAUUGGCUUUUAUGUUGAGACAAUCAUUGAAACCGAUGUAUUUCUUCAAGAAGAUGGAGGAGCUUGGUAGGUUGCAGAUUCUCACUCUUACACUUCAAGUUGCUAAAAAUAUGAAUACUUUCUUUGUGAGGGCUCGUAGUGUUUCUGUUUUAUGUAUUGCUGGGAUGUCACUUGGAUUAUUGCUGACUUUGCUGCAAAGAUGAUUUUUUUUUUUAUUAGUUCACAUGUCCUGAAGUGUUAGUGUUUACAGCAGUCAUCAUAAUUUAUUAUAUGUUCUGAGAAUCUGUUUUAACAACACUUGACUUGAUCUUAAUUUCUAUGAUGGAAACAUGUAUUGCUUCGUUA